CUCUAUUGAACUGACAGAUUACAAGUGUCGCUUCGACGUUUAAAUAUUUGAGUUAAGCGAAUCAACAAUCAAAAUAAGCUCAUAGAUGAAGUCAUUCUUUUAUAAUACACUCGCUAAUUGUGAUUAUGCUGAUUCCUCCCAAUAACCGAAAAGUCUGAAAGCAAACUACCUCGUUAUCAGUAAAACUCUUCGUGCCAUAUCUACUGCUAGUAUGAAAAAGAUCAUGUUUGGCCGUAAGGAUGUUGAUUCCGCACAAAUGCAGGCAUCGGUGGCCCCUGCAUACACCAUCGACCGUUACUCAUCGUAUUAUCCGAUGAACCACAAGAAUCGCGGGAAAGCUUUAAUUUUUACACAUGCCGUGUUUGCUGUACCCAACGUAAAGCUGCCCAUUCGUGAGGGCGGUGAAGUGGACUGUAAAAUGCUAAUAGAUUCACUGGAACGGUUGGGAUUUGAUGUGGACCUGUAUCGGGAUAAACGCUUGAAAGAUAUUUUGCAAAUCACCGAGCAAGUUUCUUUGAUGGACCAUUCGAACAACGAUUGCAUACUGGUUGCAGUUCUUAGCCAUGGUGAUGAAGGAGAAAUCAUCUACGCCCACGACUGUCCUUACCAAAUUUCGAGUGUGUGGACGCAGUUCACUGGUGAUAGGUGUCCAACGUUAAUCGGAAAGCCAAAAUUGUUUUUCAUUCAGGCUUGCCGUGGCAACGAGUUGGACCCUGGAGUGAAGGUUGAAAAAGACGGUAUAGCACGCUACAGUCUACCGACGCAUGCCGAUUUCCUAUUUGCAUUUGCUACAAUUCCCGGGUUUAUGUCCUUCCGCAACACUAAAAACGGGUCCUGGUUUAUACGCGAACUGUGCAAUGAACUAAAUGAAAAUGGCCAAAGAUAUGAUCUGCUGACACUAUUGACGUUUGUUGUGCAGAAAGUCGCUUACGGUUACGAAUCAAUUGCUCCAAACACUCCAGAAUACCAUCUCAAGAAGCAGACACCCUGCGUAGUUUCAAUGUUAACUAGACUAUUACUAUUCAAUUAUGUUUAACUCAAUGAAAUGUAAUGUUAUCAUUAUGUACGAGUAUUAUUAUGUAUUAUUUAUACUUUGUUUUUAUAUAUCAAAUGCACUAAAUUGAUAUUUUAUGUUUAUCGGCAUAAUUUUAAUAAAAUUAACAAAACGUU